ACUGGCCAUGUCAGUGCGUUUUCGUCUUUAAUUAUUUUGCUUUAUGCACAAUUAAUUUCGCAAAUUAAUUCCUCUCGAUUGAUCCCAAUUGAAAAGUGGCGUGUUAGUGGAAAACCCUCCCCGGGAACGACACCGGAGGUCCACGCAUUUCGUAUCGGCGUGCCCAUUGGUCCGGGCAAUCACCAGUCAUCUGCAGUGCCUUGAUCUCAAUCCGUCGGCAAGCGGUGCCGGUAUAUAGUCCUGUGCGCGUUGACCACUGCCGAAAAAGACGGUCCUAGGUGAUCAAACUGGUGGAAGUACGACGUCCCAAUAAACGGGAACGACGAGAUCGGAAUACGAUUGAGCUUUUGACGCGUCGUCGAGCCGCCCCAUUCGCCAGAAAUUUGCGUUUUGGCAAAUUGAAAUAAUGUCCUACGACGAGAUCAUACCCCUGCUGGGUGACUUCGGAAGAUACCAGAAGCGCAUUUACUUUCUGUUAUGUCUUCCCGCGAUUCUCUGUGCUUUCCACAAGUUGGGCACUGUAUUUUUGGUCGCGGAUCCGGAUUACAGGUGUAUGUUGCCCGGUGAACCGCCGAACGCCUCGUUUAUUCUCACCAAUGAGACCAUGAAAGCCAUGAUACCCUGGGAUAAGCGGAACAACAAAUUAUCAUCUUGUGAAUACCUCGAUGGAAAUGAGACAAAAUCUUGUGAGGGGUACAUUUUUGACCACUCAGUUUAUGGACACACUGCUGUGAUCGAGUGGCAGCUAACAUGUAAAAGAGCUUACCUAAUUGCCAGUGGUAAUUCCCUAUUUAUGUUUGGGGUGAUGGUUGGCUCUAUAGUGUUUGGGGAAUUAUCUGAUAGAUAUGGCAGAAAAUUAAUAUUUUUUAUAUCACUCAUAAUCCAGUUGGUUUUUGGUACUUUGGGAGCUAUAGCCCCUGAAUUCUGGUCAUUUUCUAUAUCUAGGUUUGUAGUAGGGGCCACAACUUCUGGUGUAUUUUUGGUGGCUUAUGUUAUUGCUUUAGAAAUGGUUGGUCCCUCAAUGAGGACUCUCGCUGGAACAGUAAUCCACAUGUUUUUCUCAUUCGGUUACAUGUUAACUGCCGCCUUGGCAUUUUAUAUCCCAGAAUGGAGAUCUCUCCAAUUAGCCUUGACCUUACCUGGCUUAAUAUUCAUUUGCUAUUGGUUCAUAAUUCCAGAAUCAACCAGGUGGUUGGUGGCGAAAAAUCGUAUUACCGAAGCCAAGAAAUUGGUACAAAGGGCCGCCAAAGUUAACAACGUUACAAUAAGCGAUGAAGUCUUGAACACGCAUUUAGUACCUGAGGAAAAACCAGCAGUCGAUUUAAAACAAGCGUCGGUGUUGGAUAUAUUCAAGUACCCCAAUUUGAGAAAACGUUCCCUGAUCAUAUUCUUUGAUUGGUUUGCAAAUAACAUUACAUAUUACGGAUUAUCGUGGAACACGAAUAACUUAUCCGGAGAUCCGUAUUGGAACUUCGUCAUCUCUGGAUUGGUGGAGAUCCCUGCGUACUCCUUUGUUCUGCUCACAUUGAACCGAUGGGGCAGGAAGUUCGUGAUGUGCGGCUGCAUGAUUGUCGCCGGUAUUGCUUUGCUUUUUACCGCAAUACCUCAAAAUCCUCAGUGGCUUGUGAUAACUCUAGCAAUGCUUGGAAAGCUGUCAAUUACGGCCAGUUAUGGAGCUGUGUACAUUUUCUCAACUGAACAAUUUCCCACUGUGAUCAGAAACGCCGGACUUGGCGCCGGCUCAACGUGUGCCAGAUUAGGGUCGAUCAUCGCACCCUUUUUCAACAUUCUGAGCAAAAUAUGGAUUCCAAUGCCUUUAAUAAUUUACGGGCUUCUGGCUUUCACUGGCGGUGUUCUGUCCUUAACGUUACCUGAAACUUUAAAUAAACAGUUGCCUGAAACGAUAGAAGAGGGUGAAGCUUUUGGAAAAAAAGUGAAGUCAGUACCUGCUGUACCUGUUGACGUCGAGGAAAUUGCUGUCCUCAAUCCUACAACAAAUAACAAAACAGACGAAAGUGGAGAAAAUAAAAUAGGAAAUGGUGUUUCAAGUUAAGACAACUUGUUUUUAUAAAUUUACUUUUGAUGUAUUAAAUUUUUAUGUAGAAUUUUUAUUAUCUCGACUAAGUUUUAUAAGUCAUGCCAAAGAUUUAUUGUGGUAUACCAGAUCACAUGAGACCAAACAGUUAUUAUGAGAUUGUUCCAUACUUCACAUUUCUUUACGCAGUAUUGCAAAUGAUGUUUACAUUUUUAUAAUUAUAUAAAUGUGCAUUUAGAUUUUUAUACCCAUAUUUUAAAAUAAAUUAUUUAUUAUUUUA